AUGACCCGGAAACACACUUCCGGCUUUGAAUCGCCCUGGAUCGCCCAUAUGGCUUCUCAGCUGCCCAAUCCUCAGCCAGCCGCUGCGCCUCCAGCUCCUACCCCAACUGCCCCAGCUACCCACAAUGCCACCGUCAAUCCGGAGGACUACGCAAAGCCAUACUUGGAAUUCAUGACCUCCCACCCUACCGUCUUCCAUGCUGUAAAGGGUUUCUCGCAGGAACUCGAGCAGCACGGCUAUAAGCAGCUGAGUGAGCGGUCGGCUUGGAACUCGGAGCUCCAGCGAGGUGGCAAGUUCUACGUUACCCGGAAUGGGAGCUCGAUAAUCUCGUUUAAUAUCGGCAAGGACUAUCAGAGUGGAAACGGCUUGGCUAUUGUCGCCGGCCAUGUGGACCAAUGUACCACCAAGCUGAAGCCUGUGUCAAAGGUACCCAACAAGGCUGGAUAUGAGCAGCUAGGCGUGGCGCCGUACGCCGGCGGCCUGGGGCCAACAUGGUGGGAUCGAGAUCUUCAUGUCGGAGGCCGGGUUCUCGUCCGUGAUCCAGCUUCGGGCAAGGUCGAGACGAAGCUGGUCAAGCUUGACUGGCCGAUUGCCCGGGUUCCCACCUUGGCUCCUCAUUUCGGGGCUCCGGCAAAUGGACCAUUCAAUCCAGAGACUCAAAUGGUGCCCAUCAUUGGCGUGGAUAACUCCGAUCUCUACGGCCAGCCAUCCGGCGGCGAGUCGAUCAACAUCAAGGCCGGAACUUUCGCCGCGACCCAGCCCCCCAAGCUGGUCAAGGCGAUCUCUCAAGAGAUCGGUGUGGAAGAUUACAGCAACAUCGUCGACUGGGAACUAGAGCUCUACGAUGGCCAGCCUGCCCAAUUCGGAGGGUUGGAGAAGGACCUGAUUUUCGCCGGUCGCAUUGACGAUAAGCUUUGCUGCUAUGCUGCCCACCAGGCCCUCCUGGCUUCUUCUGACGAAACAUCCCCGGGGCUCGUGAAGAUGGUCGGUAUGUUCGACGAUGAGGAGAUCGGCAGUCUGCUUCGCCAAGGAGCCAAAUCCAACUUCAUGAGCAGCGUCAUCGAACGUAUCGUGGAGGCCUUUGGCCCGGACGCCUACGGUCCCAAUCUCCUCUCCCAGACAGUCGCUAACAGCUUCCUCGUCUCCUCGGAUGUCAUCCACGCCGUGAACCCCAAUUUCCUGAACGUUUACCUCGAGAACCACUCGCCCCGGCUGAAUGUCGGAGUCGCCGUGUCUGCUGACCCCAACGGCCACAUGACUACGGACAGUGUCAGCAAUGCCAUUCUCAAGGAGAUCGCGGAGCGAACUGGUUCCACAUUGCAAGUGUUCCAGAUCCGCAAUGACUCUCGCAGUGGUGGGACUAUCGGACCCAUGACCAGUGCCCAGAUUGGCAUGCGAGCUAUCGACUGCGGUAUUGUGCAACUCAGCAUGCAUAGUAUCCGUGCGACCACCGGUCGUCUAGACCCUGGUCUGGGAGUCAAGCUCUUCAAGGGUUUCUUCGAUCACUUUGAAGAGGUUGAUAAGCAUUUCACCGAUUUCUAG